CGCUCCUGCGCGGAGCUGGUCCUGGUUCUCAAUGCUCCCCACUUUCUGGGCCGGCGUGGUCUGGUCUGCGACCCCCCUUCAUUUCCUCUGACGGUGGUUGCUCCCACGCCACCCGGAAGUGUUUGCCUCGCCACAGGCCGUCUGGUUUCGCCGGCAGACAUGGAGCGGCAGGGCGGUCCGCGCUGGUCCGGCAGCGCUCCCACGCCCGAGGAGUUGGCCCCGGCCCCCGUGACUCUGGCGCAGCUCCUGCAGCUGGUCCAGCAGGGCCGGCAGCUCCCGGGCCUCGAGAGGCGCCACAUCGCGGCGACCCGUGGCGAGCCCACGGCGUCCCGGCUCCCGCGGAGGCCCAAGCCCUGGGAGGCCGCGGGCUCGGCCGACGCCCCCGCGCCCCCGCCCUAGACCCGAGGCCCCAGGCCCCGCGGACCCUCGGGUACGGGUAGAGGAGCCGCCUGGAGGGGCCCGGCCCCGGGGAGGCAGCGACCACUCCUUCCUAAAUGACACGCAGUGGGUUCCUGAAGCUCGAGGUCCUUUGAGCCGAGAUCUGGAGAGCGUGACGGCGUCCUGUAUAAACUCGGACCCUGGAUACUGGCCACUCUGUUCCUCAUCUUUUGUGCAUUCGCCCUGACCUGUCUCAACUGGACUUAAGCCUCCUGGGAGCAUCAUUGGGGUUGUUUUGUAUCCGUAUUUCUUAACCAUGAUCUUCAUUAAAUUUUUUUUUUUUUUAAA